AUGUCAUCAGCAGCUGUGCUACCCGAUCUUGCAAGAAUUCCGCGCGUUGACCUGGUCGGCGUAGAGGAGCGGGUCGCCCGAUUCGGCAAACGGAGUAUCAAGAAGGAAUCGAAAAUGCAGGCGCUGGAGAUGGUGCUUAGCAUGAUCGAUCUGACGACACUGGAAGGGCAGGAUACUGCCGGGAAGGUCGAGCAGCUGUGUCAGAAGGCACUAAGGCUAAACGUGGCCAGGCCAGAACUGCCAGAUGUAGCUGCCGUUUGCGUGUACCCAACAAUGGUUGGCGUGGCCAAGAAGGCGCUUAGCGGAAGUUCGAUCAAGGUCGCUUCGGUUGCGACUGCGUUUCCCAGCGGCAUGGCACCUAGGGAGGUCAAGUUAGCUGAUACUCGAAUGGCUGUGGAAGAUGGGGCUGAUGAGAUCGACAUGGUGAUUUCCCGUGGCGAGUUCCUGCAGGGCGAGUAUCGCUACGUUUUUGACGAAAUAGCAGAGAUUAAGCAGGCCUGUGGGGAUGCCCAUUUGAAAGUCAUUCUUGAGACAGGUGAGUUAGGCACACUGGACCGCGUCCGCACCGCCAGUGUGAUAGCCAUGCAUGCCGGGGCUGAUUUUAUAAAAACAUCCACCGGAAAAAUUCAACCUGCCGCGACGCUGCCGGUCACGCUGGUUAUGCUACAGGCGAUUCGCGACUACUACUUCGAAACCGGCAGGAUGGUUGGUAUGAAGCCGGCCGGCGGAAUCUCAAAGUCGAAACUGGCGAUUCAGUAUCUGGUCAUGCUGCGGGAAACGCUCGGCAAUGCCUGGUUGUCGCCGGAUUGGUUUCGAUUUGGUGCUAGCUCACUAGCCAAUGAUGUGCUGAUGCAGAUCGAAAAACAGUCUACCGGUUCUUACCAGUCGGCUGAUUACUUUUCUCAAGACUGA